GCAUUGCUACAAAAUCAACUUCACUUCGAAACAGCUUAUGAGCUAUAUUGCCGAUAUUCUGUUGGAAGUCUUAUUUUAUUAAAAUGUGCUAAACGGUAUUGUCUCUAUUUGUGGCGCUUCUUUGAAAUCAGUGAGAAAUAUUGUGAAAAUGUGUAGAUGAUCUUUAAAUUACAUUAGUAGUUAAGAGUGAUUUAGAAUUUCAUUGAAAAAAUCACACAAUGGACAACGAGCAGCCUCAUCAGGAGUUGGUGAAAUGCGUGGUGGUCGGCGACACGGCGGUGGGGAAAACGCGCUUAAUAUGCGCGCGGGCCUGCAACAAGCACGUAUCUCUGUCGCAGCUGAUGACUACUCAUGUGCCCACUGUUUGGGCGAUUGAUCAAUAUAGGAUCUAUAAGGAUGUGUUAGAAAGAUCAUGGGAAGUGGUAGAUGGUGUGAAUGUAUCGCUGAGGCUGUGGGACACCUUCGGUGAUCACGAGAAAGACAGAAGAUUCGCCUAUGGAAGAUCUGAUGUGGUGCUUUUGUGCUUCUCGAUAACAAACCCAAUUUCUCUGAGGAACUGUGGUGCCAUGUGGUAUCCAGAAAUACGACGGUUCUGUCCAAACACACCGGUUCUUCUUGUUGGUUGUAAGAACGACUUGCGAUAUAUGUACCGCGAUGAGACAUACCUGAACUACUGUAAGGAUAGAAGCCCUUUCAUUAGGGCGCCAAGAAAAAGCGAUCUAGUAAUGCCGGACCAGGGGCGGGCUCUAGCACACGAAUUUGGAAUAUAUUAUUACGAAACCUCAGUAUUUACGUAUUACGGUGUGAAUGAAGUUUUCGAGAAUGCUAUACGAGCCGCUCUCAUAGCGAGGAGACAACAAAGAUUCUGGAUGACUAAUUUGAAACGGGUUCAAAGACCGUUAUUGCAGGCACCAUUUAGACCACCGAGGCCCUUGGAACCAGAAGUUUCCGUAGUGAAUAGUGUAUAUCUGGAUAAUAUGGCAACAUUAUUGAGACAACAGUAUUUCUCGGACAUGGUUAUAAUCUGUGGCGCGAAAGGCUUCCCCGUACACAGAUUCAUGAUGGCGGCCGCGUGUGAGGCGUUCCAUAGACUACUGACCACAGACUGCAUAAGCGUGUCCGCUGAAUUGGCUAGGAGCUCUAGUGAGAGUAGUAUGGUGAGCAGUAUGGGUGAAGCAACAACAGGUGAUUUCAACGAGGACACCGAAUAUUUAAUUAGACAAGACCAAGCUAAACAAAUGAGAGUUUGGGAUCAAAUAAAACGCCGUUCGUCGUGUCAGAUUCUGCCCGUCAGUGACAGUUGUAAGAAACCGCCAGAUUUAUAUAGAGAAGUCAACCAUCCCGCCAUUUUAUCGAUUAAAGUUGUCAGGUGUGACAAGAUUCAACACGCAACUUCCCAAACCCAGACAAUAGUCACGAUGAGUAAACUUAUAUCGCAGAACGUGAUGCAGGAAAUCAUCAAUUUCAUAUACACUGGCACUCUGGAUAGCGGCGCGUUCAAACAACAAUCCGCUGCUAUUGGAUUACUACUGGAGAUACGCCAAGCGGCUGAGCUUUUGGGUUUCCAUGAAUUGACAAAACUGAGUCAGUUUAUAUUGGAUCAGCAUUUGUUGUUCGACAAAGGUUUCAUGUUGCAAUUCCAUACGCCGCUCCCUCAAAGACUCCGAGACAUGUACGUAGAGAGGAAUUUAUUUGCUGACGUCACAUUCGAUCUGGACGACGGCAUCCACUUGGCGCACAGAGCCAUGCUGAUGGCUCGAUGUGACCCCAUGAAGGCCAUGUUUCAGGGACACUUCAGGGAAAGCACUUCUAGAGUGAUAACAUUCCCCGGUGUGAAAAUGUACGCGUUUCACAUCCUGCUCUGCUACAUCUAUUCGGAUAAGAUUCCCACAGUCGAACCGACCAGGUGUUUGGAGUUAUUGGAAUUGGCGAACAGGCUGUGUAUGAAUAGAUUGGUCAAUUUGGUCGAAGCUAGGGUUAUAGACCAAUUGCAACAUCAAGAUAGCCUUGAUUCCAGAGUUGGCGAUGAAGAUCAAGUUGUCGAAAUAGCACUGUCAUUGCUUGAGCCUGUAAAGUUGCACAACGCGCACAAUCUAUCGGAAUGGUGCACGUGGCGGUUGUGCGGCGCGUACGACCGCGUGUGUCGAGCGAAGCAUCUCUCGCAAGCGUCGCGGGAGUACCUCGCCGAUAAUAGGUGGCCGCCGGUUUGGUAUGUCAAAGAGUACGAUUACUAUCAGAAGUGUUUAGCGGAACAGUCGAAAGAGUUAAAGGAAAUUCGACCCACCACCUCCCUCCAGGCCAGCCAGCAGACUGGUUGUCUCUGUUUUACUAGUAAGGUGCGCCGCGAGAGCGCCGGUGCGGACGCGUCGACGGCGCUGUGCCGCACCGAGCCGCAGCAGCCGCUCUGACACUUGCCGCACUGGAGAUCGCUUCGUCUCGCGGUUCUCCUGCCCGUCUCCAUGUGCUUCAUGAGUACAAUACUGACUAUACUAAUUCUAUUUCACAUAUACACUUAACGCCACUGUAAUAUACGCACUCGUCUUUUGUGGUCUGUAUCUAUGGAAAUAUUGACACAAUUUAAAUCCACUCGUUUGUUGACAACAGAAUAUUUUUGAACGGAGUGUCAUAAAAACGCGGGAAAUUUGGUUAGUUUCAUUUUAAGGUGUUUGUAUUGAUUGUCACAAAAUUGAGUUGACGGUUUAGUGUAGUAAUUAUUAACUUUGACGUGAAAGUUGACUGUAUGUAUAAAAACUUCUAUCGUGCUCUAUGAACGUACAAAUGACUUUAUCAUACAGCCUAACUUUAUACCAAAGAGCACUGUGACGUAAUAAUAAUGUCAAUAUUCAUAGGUAUAGCCUGUAAAUCAGAGAUACAGUACAAGCGAUCCAUGAUAAAAUAGCAAUUUAAUUAAUGCACUAAAUUCGAAUUUUUAAUGACAUCUGGUUAUUAUUGUCUUGUCUUAUAGUUAAGUAUACAUUUAAGUCGGUUAGUUUUACAAAUAUUUUGCAAUGCAAAUACGGAAUGUGAUUUUGUCGUAAUGAUUUUUGUAGACGUAUAGGUCGGCCACUAAUUAAUGUAAGUGAUGCUCAUUAAUUUAAUUCAAUAUCUGUGCUAAAGAUAAAAAAAAUCUUCAUACCAUAUUUUAUAAAAUGUAAUUACGUCUACUGUCUCUCUUUUAUUAUUUGACUGAAAGACAAUGAGCUUACAGUAUUUUCCAGAGGUAAGCUAUAAAUACCUUAUCACAACAUGUGACGCACUGCCCUUUACAGAACAGAAAAGAAAAUGUUCAUUUAAUCUUAUUAUUUACUACCAGGGCAGAUAUAUCGCGUUAAUAAAACCGAUGCCAAUAUAUGCCUAAUUUCACCUUUUUCUAACUUUACCAGAGAGAGAUUUUAAGUCAAAUGAUAUAGGUGUAAGUUAGUAAGAAUGACAAUUAAUUAAAAGUUAUUAGAUUGGGCUUCAUAGGUAGUUCGAGGUCUGAGAAUGAAAAUUUAGUUACAAGUAACUUUCCCUUUGCAGAAACAGUAACAACAUGAUAAAAUUGAUAAUACAAAUAAAAAUUGUAUGUAUAAAACACUCAAUUAUAAUAUAGAACUAUUCAUAGUAUCACAUACACCUAUAUAGUAUUUGAUAACUCUUUGGUGAUAUUUCACUAUACCUACUUAAUAACCGUGAAGUAUGGAAGAAAACCCUUGCUAGAUUUUAGUACAGAUAUUGGAAACAUGCCUUAAAUCUUGACUGUUUACAUGAAGAGAACUUUUAGCAUUAUUAAUGUAUAGCAAUAUAAAGCGCAUACGAUAUCUUUUAAUUGUAUAAUAAUUCAUGAAGAAUCACUUUGUAAUGCAUUAUUUAAGUCCUUUAUUAUGUCCCGGCUAUUAAGAAAAUUAAUUUUACUAAAACACCUCAUUUAGUAAAAAAAUUCUGUAAAAUUUCUAAACUUUAAUAAUAUAUUUGGUUUUUCGAAUAACAUUAAUAUUUUGUAGAGUUUGAAUAGAACCAUUCGUCCGCAGAUUAAAAUUUCCCGCCACAACUUAACAGUUGUGACAUAUCUGUCAAAUUGCACCUUGACAUUUUAUAGUUUUGCUCUAAUGCAAGAUCUAGACGUUCAUGUUACAUGACAAGAAACGCGUGCAUGAUGGGUUUAUAGCUAUACACAUGAUAUUAUUUUUUAUAUCAAUGGCUGUUACGCAUGAUUGUUUUUUUAAUUUAACGCAAAUUACCGACGUCUAAUAAAAAAAAAAAUAAUUGGAUGUUUUUAGGAUAUGCAGGGUGUGCAACAUGACCGUCGACGAUCAAUUUAAAUCUAUUCUAUUCUGCGUACAAUUUCGAUGAAGAAAAGAGGUUGAACGAUGUCCUGCCCUCUAAGCUAGGUGCUUUUGUAGAUUUAAAUGGUUUUGAUGAAACCAAGAAAAUGACAUAAUUUUAAAAUGCGUAAUUAAUAUAAGAAUGAUAGAUAAACGGCAGCAUUGGUAACUGUUUAAUAUGGUUUGGUAGCUUAAAGCUUCACAGAAAGACAAAUAUGAAAAUUCUACAACACCUGUACACUUACAUUUUUUCUUCAUAAGUCGAUCAAAAUUAAUUUACUUGCAAGAGAUUUUUGGUUGGUAUGUUUUGAGAAUUGUGCUUAGUAUUGUUAGCUAAAAUAAUCACAUAUGCACAUCUUAUAUCUGUUCACUGUUGUGUGCGUCCUAAUUUAUAUUAUUAAAUUUUAUUUGUAAUAAUUUGUGUCAAAGUGGUGAUGUUAUUUCAUAUUUGCUUUAUAUAUUGUGUAAAUAAAAUAGAUGAUUGUAAAUAAACAAAACACACUGUUUAGAGUUCAGUUUGAAAGUAGAUUAGUCGCGUAGCGCUUUUCAAAGAAUUCAAGCAAGAGCGGCCGUUUUAACUGACGUUCAUAAAAACGUAAAAUCGACUGCUAUAUUUUUUUGGUUUUGUUACUGGAUAACUCUGUUAAUAUUUAACCGAUUGAUGUGAUUCUUUUUAUAUUUGAUUGAUAAUUAUUGUCUUUUGGUCCCAUUUAAGAAUUUGGAGUGGUACUCCCCCCUUUAGUAACAUUGGUGAACUGUUUGUACGAAAGAUUUGUUUGUUGGAUAGUUGUUUAAAUGUAAUUAGUUAUUACAAUACACUUAUAUAUAAUUUAUUACUUAAUUUGAUUUGAAUGUACAUUGCAAUAAUAAUGUGUGUGCUUAGUGGCGCUUAAUCUAAAAUGUAUUAUUAUUUAGAAACUGUGAUAGUCUUAACUGUGAUUUUUAAGCGAAGUUAUCGGUUCUUCACUCAUAAACGAUAUGCUCUCUUAUAAAGAGUUAAUUAUAUAGAAACUUAGUGCAAAGCAUCUAUUUUUUAAGCAAUCUUUGAACUCUUGCCAUUAUAAUCGCCUAUUUUUUAUGAACAACUUGUUCUAAUAUCGGUCAUAAACAAGUUCUAGGUUAUAUAUAAUUUUGCCAUCUUUGGCUAACUUGACUCCUCGCCAUUGCUUUUUAGCUUAAAAAAAUUGUUGCCUCUAUAAUAUUUUUACGUGUCUACAGUAUCACAUAUUUUUAUUUCCAUUUGAAGCAUUUAAUGCUUAUUGAACGUGUGGAGAAGCGUAAUGUGAGGUUGUUUUAAUUAUUACCCAAAAUUAUGUUUAAAUCGCUACGUCGCUUAUCCUUAUAGUAUAAAAAUGAUUUCUGCAAUAAAAUUGCAAUGUAAAUAAUAUCUUAUCGAAGCAAAUAUAAAAUCCUCUAUGUAUGAACCUAUUGCGCACAAUUGUAAAAUUUUAAUAUGAACCAGAAAUGUAGAUGAAUACAAUGUGCAGUUGGAUUUUAGUGUUUUUUUUUUGGAUAGAGUUAGAGUUUGCACGUGUGUCUAGAUGCCUAGGUGAACGCUGUAGUUAAGUUUAUUUUAUUCCAUAUUCGAUUUUUCUUUUAAAAAAUAUAAAGCACCUGUUUUUUUUAAUAAGGGUAAAUAUCAUCAAACACGCGGUGUGAAGAAAGUGUAAGAUGGUAUGUAGUAUAGUUUAGUUAAGAAUUUGCUUUUAAAUUAUAAAUUUUUCAGCUAUGGCAAUAAAUUAAUUUUAAUUGAGAAAUUCCGUGGUCUUCCGCUUCUGCUUGGACCACUUUAUCGCGGUACUUUUUAAAUUUUUUGUUCAAACAAAAGAAGAAUAAAGGAGAACCUUUGGACAAUUGCAUGCAUAAUCGGUUGUAGAUAAUAUAAAGAAUUGAUUCAAAUAAUAGUAAAUCUGUUAUUUUCAAAAUCUGGCCGUGAUGCAUAUUUUAUUCUUCGGUGUUAUAAUUUCAAUUAUACAUAGUUUUAAGUUUUAGCGAACAAAAAAAUUAAAUAACAGUAUGAUAGUAAUAAGAAAUUACUGCACUUUACUCGAUAUUUUUCAAUAAAUUUUUACUAUAGCUGUUAGAUAUAUAUUUCCUACAUUCAUUAUUUUAUAUAAACUUCUAGAGCAUUCAAUAAAGGACAAAAUCUUCCACAAUUUUCACGCCUACAUAUCAAAGUACUCAUCCAUUUAAAGAAUUUGAUUUAUGAAUGUGUGGCACUGUACAAACCUAUCUCGGGUCUAACAUAAAAUUUUGUUUAUAUUUUUUUCUAGUCCUAUAAUCCACAUUAAAAUAAUAAGCAUAAAAGAAUCAUUAUUAUAUUAACUAGAUUUUGCUUUCAAAUGUUUAAUUUAUGAUAAUCACAAAUUAAGCAGAUUAAGUACAAAAUCGGCAUUAUUGCUAAUAAAAAUGUAUUUUCGGAUCACACUUUUUUGGAUAAUCAUAAGAUAAUGAUCUCGUCGUCUUUGCACUCUGAAGCAGGGUUUAAUUCGUAAAUAAUUGCUUCAAUGAUUAGUAUUUAAUUGAUAACGUAUGGGCGAAAGUGAAAACACUUAUGUACACAAAAUAAUUAUUUCAGAAAGCAGUUUCUAAAUAAAUGGUCAGGAAUUAGAUAUCACCCUUCAUAAUUAUAUAACCCUACCUAUUUAACACAAGAAUCUGACUAUUUUAUGCGUGUAGGGCUAAAAUAAGUUUAUUUAUCCCAAAUUUCUGUUUUGUGUUGUUCAAUACAAUUCAUUAUUUUGUUCUAUUGAAUCUUUCCUUGGUGCAUAUACCGUAGGUAUAUGGUAUGAGGCAAGAAACGCAAAAAUAUUAAAUUUUAAAAGAUAUUUUGAGAACACAAUUUAUAUUAUUUUAAAUAAUCAGCAAUAAUUGGUAAGAUUUCAAAUAGGGGCCUACUUUUGUCAUUGAUCUUAGGAAAUAAUUAGAAACUGUUGUCUGAAACCUUUGAAUUUCUAGAAUUACGUAGCUUAAGCGUUUUAGUAUUCUAGUGCAUAACAAUGUCUGAUGUAUUUUGCCAAUCUUCACUGUUGGUUAAUAAUGAUCUGCCAUUUUUUACCCAUAGAUUUUAAUAAGUGUAAUUAAUAAAUGUAUGUGUAAA